AUGGACGCGCGCGGGGGCGGCGGGCGGCCUGGGGAAAGCCCGGGCGCGACCCCCGCGCCGGGGCCGCCGCCGCCGCUGCCGCCCGCGCCCCCCCAGCAGCAGCCGGCGCCACCGCCGCCGCCCGCGCCCCCUCCUGGCACCGGGCCCGCGCCCCUCCAGCAGCCGCCCCGUACUGAGGCGGCGCCCCCGGAGGCGGCGGACGAGAGCGGCCCUCGGGCCCGGCUCCGCAGCCGCGACAGCUCGUGCGGCCGCCCGGGCACCCCGGGCGCGGCAAGCACGGCCAAGGGCAGCCCAAACGGCGAGUGCGGGCGCGGCGAGCCGCAGUGCAGCCCCGCGGGGCCCGAGGGCCCGGCGCGGGGGCCCAAGGUGUCGUUCUCAUGCCGUGGGGCAGCUGCGGGGCCCGCGUCGGGCCCGGCUCCGGGGCCCGGCCCGGCGGACGAGGCGGGCAGCGAGGAGGCGGGCCCGGGAGGGGAGCCGCGCGGCAGCCAGGCCAGCUUCAUGCAGCGCCAGUUCGGCGCGCUCCUGCAGCCGGGCGUCAACAAGUUCUCGCUGCGGAUGUUCGGCAGCCAGAAGGCUGUGGAACGCGAGCAAGAGCGCGUCAAGUCGGCGGGGGCCUGGAUCAUCCACCCGUACAGCGACUUCAGGUUCUACUGGGACUUCACCAUGCUGCUGUUCAUGGUGGGCAACCUCAUCAUCAUCCCGGUGGGCAUCACCUUCUUCAAGGACGAGACCACGGCCCCGUGGAUCGUGUUCAACGUCGUCUCGGACACGUUCUUCCUCAUGGACCUGGUGCUGAACUUCCGCACGGGCAUCGUGAUCGAGGACAACACGGAGAUCAUCCUGGACCCUGAGAAGAUCAAGAAGAAGUACCUGCGCACGUGGUUCGUGGUGGACUUUGUGUCCUCCAUCCCCGUGGACUAUAUCUUCCUCAUCGUGGAGAAAGGCAUCGACUCCGAGGUCUACAAGACGGCGCGCGCCCUGCGCAUUGUGCGCUUCACCAAGAUCCUCAGCCUGCUGCGGCUGCUGCGCCUGUCGCGGCUCAUCCGCUACAUCCACCAGUGGGAGGAGAUUUUCCACAUGACCUACGACCUGGCGAGCGCGGUCAUGCGCAUCUGCAACCUCAUCAGCAUGAUGCUGCUGCUGUGCCACUGGGACGGCUGCCUGCAGUUCCUGGUGCCCAUGCUGCAGGACUUCCCUCGCAACUGCUGGGUGUCAAUCAACGGCAUGGUGAAUCACUCAUGGAGCGAGCUCUACUCCUUUGCGCUCUUCAAGGCCAUGAGCCACAUGCUCUGCAUCGGGUACGGCCGGCAGGCGCCUGAGAGCAUGACUGACAUCUGGCUGACGAUGCUGAGUAUGAUCGUGGGUGCCACCUGCUACGCUAUGUUCAUCGGACACGCCACAGCCCUCAUCCAGUCACUGGACUCCUCGAGGCGCCAGUACCAAGAGAAGUACAAGCAGGUGGAGCAGUACAUGUCCUUCCACAAGCUGCCUGCGGACUUCCGACAGAAAAUCCACGACUACUAUGAGCACCGCUACCAGGGCAAGAUGUUCGACGAGGACAGCAUCCUGGGAGAGCUCAACGGGCCCCUGCGAGAGGAGAUUGUGAACUUCAACUGCCGGAAGUUGGUGGCCUCGAUGCCACUGUUUGCCAAUGCUGACCCCAACUUUGUCACGGCCAUGCUGACCAAACUCAAGUUCGAGGUCUUCCAGCCAGGUGACUACAUCAUCCGUGAAGGCACCAUUGGCAAGAAGAUGUACUUCAUACAGCAUGGCGUGGUCAGUGUGCUCACCAAGGGCAACAAGGAGAUGAAGCUAUCCGAUGGCUCCUAUUUCGGGGAGAUCUGCCUGCUAACGCGUGGCCGGCGCACAGCAAGCGUGCGGGCUGACACCUACUGCCGCCUCUACUCACUGAGUGUGGACAACUUCAAUGAGGUGCUGGAGGAGUACCCCAUGAUGCGGCGGGCUUUCGAGACCGUUGCCAUUGACCGCCUGGACCGCAUUGGCAAGAAGAACUCGAUCCUGCUGCACAAGGUACAACACGACCUCAACUCGGGCGUGUUCAACAACCAGGAGAACGCCAUCAUCCAGGAGAUCGUCAAGUAUGAUCGGGAGAUGGUGCAGCAGGCUGAGCUGGGCCAGCGUGUUGGUCUCUUCCCGCCGCCUCCACCGCCGCAGGUCACCUCGGCCAUUGCCACGCUGCAGCAGGCCGUGGCCAUGAGCUUCUGCCCACAGGUGGCACGCCCACUCGUGGGGCCACUGGCACUCAGCUCGCCCCGCCUUGUGCGGCGCCUGCCCCAGGGGCCUGUGCCUGCUGCCACUGCCUCACCAGGGCCCCCACCCGCUGCUAGUCCCCCGGGCGCACCUGCCAGUCCCCGGGCACCACGGACUUCGCCCUAUGGCGGUGCACCCUGCUCUCCGGCUGCACCCCGAGCUGGGCCCGCACUUCCAGCGCGCCGCCUGAGCCGCGCCUCACGCCCGCUGUCUGCCUCACAGCCCUCGCUGCCCCAUGGCGCUCCGGGCCCUGGCCCCGCAGCUUCCGCGCGUCCAGCCAGCAGCUCCACGCCACGCCUGGGGCCCAUAUCCACCACUCGGGCCGCUGGGCCCAGCCCGGACCGCAGGGACUCGGCCUUGCCCAGUGUCACAGGAGGCCUCGACCCGCUGGACUCGGCGCGCUCGCGCCUUUCGUCCAACUUGUGACCCUCGCUGCACCGCCCCACGGGCCCGGGUGGGCCAGGGGCGGGGCCUUCAUCCAAACCAAAGCCAUGCCAUUGCGCGCUGCCCCGGCCGCCCACCCCAGAAGCCAUAGAGGAGACGUAGGUAGUUGUAGUCGGACGGACGGGCCCCUGCCGUCCCCCCUCAUCACCCUGCGCCCACCCAUAUUGCCCCCGCAUCCCGGUGGUGGCCUCGCAGGCAUGUGAGGGGGCUCCCUUCACCUCGGUGCCUCAGUUUCCCCAACUGUGAAACAGGGAGGGAGCCACCCCCUGGCCGAAAGGAGAUAGCUGUGGACUUCCGCCCACCCCCACCCUCGUAGCUGGCCCGCUGUCCGAUGAGGAUUCUGUUUAAGUGCAAUACUUGGCCUGCUGGCUUCCCUGCUGCCCACAUCGCACUCACGCAAUAACCGGCCCGGCCCCUGUCCAUGCGCACCCCGCGGUGACCUCCCUGGAGCGGGCACAAGCAGCAUCCUCCAGCACCCAGCGCCCAGGGGUCGGCAGUCCUGGCUACACCUGGGUGUGGGGGCAAGGCUGGGGACUCCCCGCCUUUGUGAUGAAUGUACUGACUAGCCGAGGCAGCAAUGCUCCCACCACACCCCCCACACCCCACUAACCUCCACACCCCCAUUCCGCGCAAUAA